AUGCAAAACAAGUUUCAUUUUAAGGGUAUUAGAGAGGUUGUUAUUGGUGCGUGCGUUUUCGGAACGGUGCAUGUGUGUGAAUGGAUAAAAGGGUAUUCGCACGGCGUGGGUGUGCGGCGGAGGACUGUUCCGUCCAUGUAUGAUGAUGCCGGAGAGGGUGAAGGAUCACAACAGCAACAAAAACGCUACCUUCACUCUCUCGCUUUUCAAUUCAUUCAAUUUAAAUAUCAAUAA